CUAAUUUUUAAUGAAAAAGGAAAAUUGGAGGAUAUUAUGCAACUAAAAGAAACAACUAGCAGUCUGAGACUAAAAUUUAUUAGACUUAAAAACUACAUGAUAUCUGAUUAUUCAGAUGUGUUGGAACUCUACUUUCAAAUCAAAGACAAAUAUAAUCUUUGGAAGCUAAAAAGAUGGUUUACAAAUUACAAGAAAAGAAAAACUUAGAUAUAGAAAGCAUAACUAUUAGAAAAUAUGUAAAGUAAAAAAAUUAUUUGUAGAAUUUGUGAAAAAGAAAUCCUAAUGACGAAUUUGAAAAAGCAUUCAAUCAACUGUAAAAAACUAAACGAUUUAAACUAAUAACUUAAGAUUCAAUUAAAAGAAAUGAAUUCUUGUCUGUUUUAUUUCUUUUAGCAGAACAGAGAGCUUUAGGUUUAAUAUACAUUAAUACAAAAGAAUUUAGAAAAAAUGAUAUAAAAUUAAUAAAUGCUCAUAGAUUCUCGAAAAAAUAAAAUAAAUCAAAAUAAUACUGAAACAGAUAGCUAAAGCUCGCUAGAUGGGGUUAGUAUUCUGAAAAGCGAGAGUGUUGUUAAUAAUACUGAAUAAAGAAAAUCUAUAUAUUAUUAAAGAAGAAACACAUGUACUCCAUCUCAUUCAUUUAAUAAAUUUGGGUUUUAAUCUAGCUAAAUAAAAAAUAUUGUUGAAUAAGUAAAUAAAAACUAAUAAGAAUAAAAUCAAAAUAAAGAAAAAGAUGAAUAUCCUAUUAAUCAUAAUCGUUCACACUCUGAAGAAAAAUUAAUUAGAUUGAUAAAAAGUGAGGACACUUCAAAAAAAGAAGAGGAAUUUUAAUUUUCUAAUAAUUUGUAAGGAGAGGAAAAGAAUGAGUUUGUUCCAUAACAGGUUCUUCAUAAAAUUACAGGUUAAAAUAAAAAAUUAAGUAAAAAUGCUUCAAUUAACAUUACAGAAUAAUAAGAAGAGAACGAAGAUGUGUUUUCAAGCUCUUAACCAAAUUUUUAGUUUAUUAACAAGAGCUCAGGUUCGAUAAAAUCAAACAAUGAUAUUAAAUCAUAAUAAGGAGAGAAAAAUAGUGAAAAAAUAAAUAAAAAAUUACCUGAUAUUUAAGAAGAGGAGAUAACUAGUCCCAUAUUAAUAAAAUAGAAUAUAAAAAAUGUUAAUUUAAACAGAGAGAUAUUGUUUAAUUAAAAAUCUGCAUAAAAUUUAGACAGAAAAGAUUAGUCUUUCGAAUAUAAAAAUUAAAAUACCUCUUGGUAUAGUGCAGGUAGUAUUCUAGGAAAAACCAAAUUAAGUGAUUCAGAAGAUAAUUAAAAAGAUAAAUUUAACACCAACUUGGUAAAGACAACAUCAGGUAUUUCAAAAUCAAGUUAUAAAGAAGAAAAUAGUAAAGAAAACGAUACCUAUUAAGAAGAUGAAAAAGUAUUGAUUAAUAAAAUUAAUGAAAUUAAAAGUAAACCUACAAGUAGCAAAUAGCUUAAUUUAAUUACAAACAAUUAAGAUGAGUCAAUUUCUAUAAAUUCUUUACAAUAAAUACUCUCAAAUAAUAAAAACGGAAUUUUUAACUUUGAUUACUUUAAUAGUGAAGAAACUGAAUAGAGCUUAAGAUAAAUGCUAUUUUAGACAUUGUAAGAAGAAGAAUAAUGUAAAGCUUUUCAAAAAUAUUUAGAAGAUAGAAAUGAAAAUUUGGAUAAAAUAUAUUAUAUAAAUGAAGAGUAACAAAAAACAUUUGAAGGAAUAAUUUAAAAAUUAAGUAGCGAGCAAAAGUAGUAAUUGAUAAAUUUGUAAUUAGUAAGCAACCAGCUUAAUAGUAAUAAAAACAGCUAAAAUUAGAUAUAAAUUGAGUAAUUUUAAAAUAGUGACAAUGAAGGAAGCAUGAGCAACUUGAUAAAAAAUAAUGAUUUUUGUCUCCAUCAAAUAUUAAAUUGUACAAAGAAUAAACAAUAAUAUUAAAAUAGUAAUCAAAUUAGAAGCGAAGAAAUUAAUUUGUAAGAAAAAGUAUAGAGUAACUACGUAUUUAAUAGACCACAUGUACAUUUUCCGGAUAUUCCUCUUCAAACAAUACAAGAAUAAAAAAUUGAGAAUGAAAAUUAAGAUAACACUGGUAAAUAAUAGCAAGUAAGUGAUUUUCCCAGUUGCUGCUAAAAUUAAGAGAAUGAAUAAUUUAAAUCAAUGAAUAAUGGGUUUGGGAUUCAUGAAUUUUCUCUAACUUCUUUAUCAUCCUCAUUGAGCGAAGUAGACUUAAUGGUGGCAGAUUUUUUCAAAAAAAUACAAAUAAAAAAUGAAAAGGAGAGAAAUUUUAUUCAAUAAUUAGAUAAGGAGUCAAAAAUAAGUUCAGAUGCUAAUUUUAUUGGUAGUUAGUGGGUCUUUUCAUAAGAAUUUUCACCUAAAGGAAAUAAACUGUUGUAAAAUCACUCAAAUUACUUAGACACACUCAAUUUCAUUGACUCAAACUUAAUUUCUAGCUAAAUGUAAUAAAAAUAAAAUUAAGCAGAGAAUAAUAAUGCACUUGGGGAUAAAGUUUAUAUUUAAGCAACUGAUAGAGAUUUAUUAGAAGAAAAAAAUAAAAUAAAUAAACAUUAAAAUUAAAAAAAUGAGGGCAUAAACGCUUAAAGUUUCGUUAAUUUUGAGAACAAAGAAGAGCCUUAGAUUGACUAAACGUAAAUAAAAAGUUUAAAUCAAAUAGGCCUGAAUUAAAAUUUUUUAAACUCUGUCAUUUAAGAAAAGAACUAGCAAGAAGCUUAAAACAUUUUAGUCAAACAAGAGAUAACGAAAAAAAAUGUUUUGUAAAGGCUUGUUUCAAUAGAUUGCUCUUCAUAGCAUUCUUCAACAAAUUCAAACUUUUCUAAUUAAAUAUCUGCCAGAUAAGUAGAGAGUUAACCUAACUGUUUGAGUAAUUAAAAUGUGUUGAGCAAAAAAAAUAUAAAAAAUAGUCAUUAAAAUAUUUAAAAUAGCAACAUUACUUUAGAUAUUACAAAAAAAAAUGGAGGAGAGAAAUCUCCUGACAGCCCUUUUAAAAAUUAAAAUAUGCUAUCAAGAAAAUCAAUCCGUAUGAACACUAUUGACAUCGUGACGAGCGAAUUGAAUGAUUGCUUUCACACAAGUAGUCAAUCAAUUACUGAUAAUUAUAUUUCUAAUGAAUAUUCUUAAUAAGAAAGCUAAAGUAUGCUUAAGUCUAAAGAUAAAUAUGGGAGCUCUUCUCCAAGAUCUCCAUCAGGAAAUAUUGGAAAUUAAAAUUUUUCUUAAUCCUAGUCUCUGGCGAAAUAGACAUCUUUUAUGAGUAAAAGCUCAUAACAAAAGUCUAUAUUCGGAUAAAAAUUCCAGAGGCUUAAAAGUGAGAGCUUUAAUUAGUCUGACGAUGAAAUGACUCAGUCAGAAUAUGUAGACUAAGUUCCAGAUCUUUCAACUUAAGUUUUGAUUAAGUUUAAAAACAACUAAAAAAGAUCAUUUUUAUAUUCUUAAGAAAAUUCAUAAGACUAAGAACAAAAUGAAACCAAUAAUAAUGAUAAACAUAAUGAAAAUUUUUUAUAAAGUAAUUAAGAAAAUAAUAAUUAAAUUUACAACAAAGAUGCAAAUGAUAAUAUUAAAAAUCAAAUCUUUUCCAAUCACGAAAGCAAUGAAAAAUAGAAUAAAAGCCAUAAAAAGAGUAGCAUUAUGCACCCAAAAAAUAAUUAAAAACCUCAAAUAAAUAAUUAUUUAGAGAGUUAACAAUAAAGUGAAGAGAAAUUAGAAGCAAAGGAUUUAAGUUAUAUUUCUAAAUCAUCAAUAUCUUCUUCAUCUUCUGAAUCCUCUUCUUCUCAACCAUCUUCUUCAUAAUAUGAAAGUAGUAGCAGUAGUAACAAUGAUAGUGGUUCAGAUUUAGAUAGCAUAAGAAAUCUGAAAAGAAACCUUAAAAUAUCUAAAACUCCGUAGACAAACAGAAGACAAUUAAAUUCCAAAAGACAAAUAAAGAAAAAAAAGGACGAAAAAUCUAAUCAAAAUUAAAUAAAAGCUUAAGAAUCUAAAUCCUAGCUAAACCCUAUUCCUUAAAGAAAUUUGAUGAGAAGAUCGAGCUUACCUCUGCAGUUAAUAGUAGAUUUAAAAAAUAAUGGAAGUAAAUCUGAAAUACAAAAAGAUAUUGUACAAUUAUCCACAAACUUUGAAAUUAAAAUUAAGUAGCAUGAAAAAUAUUAAUGCCAAACCAAACUCAGGAUUACUGAUCUCGUGCAAAGUCUCGGCAAAAUAUUUAUUGUUCAAGAUUUCAAGUCAACUGCUUAAUAAAAAAUGCAAUCACUGGCUGAAAAUGAAAAGAGAAUAGAAUUUCUUUUAAAAAAGAUAUCUUUGUGCACGUUUAAGAAUAAAGUUUAAGAAAUAGUGAAAUUAUUCAAUGAACGAUAUAAAUUGAUUCAAUAAAUCGAAUAAGUAGAGAAGGCGAUCUAAACAACAAUAUUUCAUGAGAAAAAAAAAGAAGCUGGAGAAUAAAGCGAUCAUUCUGUUGAAGACCCUGAACCAAAGUCUCCAAUUGUCUAAACUAAAUAAAGAAGAUUGGCGAGAUCUGGAACUUUUACAGGAAAGCAGCAAAAUAAUUUAAAAAUUUCUAUAGAUCAUAGGUCAUCUAUAGAUAGUAUAUACUAGUAGAAGUUUAAUCAGUCAUCUUUAAAUGCUUAAGAAAGUAAAGAAAUAGUGAAAGAAACAAUUCAUUAAGAUGAUUAAGCAGAUACUGUAAUUAGCCCUUAAAGAAAAAGAAGCUCAGAUUUAAUUAAAAAUAGAAAAUUGAAGUCACCACAACAAGGAAUUGGUGAAAGAAGAAGUUCUCAUCAUAAAAUAAAUUUCGAAAAUAUGCUGAGCAAACAAAUUGAAAAAGAAGAAGAUUAAAAAAUUGAAAUAUUAGAUGAAAUUCUUUAUAAAAAUUCUGGUUAUAGCUCAGAUGGUGUCCUGGACAACCCUUAUUCGUCUUGUGCUCAUAAAGAGAAGCCAGAUAAAGAGAUAGACAAAAACAAUGUUGGAAUUAAGGAUUUUGAUUUCUUGAAGUUAAUAAGUAAGGGUGCUUUUGGUAGAGUAUGGCUUGUCCGUAAAAAAAACACUGAGGACAUCUAUGCUAUGAAAAUAGUUAAUUUUGCUGAAAAAAUGAACAAAAAUCAUUUGGACUCACUUAAAAAAGAAAAUGAGAUUUUAUCUAAAGUUUAAGGUGAUUACGUAGUCAAAGCUGUCUAUACAUUUACUCACGAGUCAUAUAUUUGUUUUGUAAUGGAGUAUAUGAUCGGAGGGGAUCUCGGCUCUAUAAUAUCUUCUUAUGGAGUUUUAGAGGAGUCAAUGGCUAAGUUUUAUAUAGCAGAAAUAGUUGUAGCAAUUCAUAAUCUUCAUUAAAUAGGCAUAAUUCAUCGUGAUCUAAAACCAGAUAAUUUACUGUUAGACAGCCAAGGUCAUUUAAAAUUGACAGAUUUUGGACUUUCUGAUAUGGGUUUGCAGAGGAGAAAUAAAACAGCUAGCGAAAAGAAGAAAGAAAAGCUUAAAAUUUUCAACAACUUACAAAAGAAUAACAAAGCAUUUUAGAAGUUCGAUGAUAGAAUCAAUUAAAACGAUAAGUUUGAUAAAUAAAAAAAACCGAUUCGCUAAGAGAUAUUAGAAAUGAAAAAAAAUGUGGAUAGUCUCAAUAUUUUAAAAUUAAAUAAUAAAAUAUCAAAACCAGCAAAUAGGAUAAUAGGUACUCCUGAUUAUAUUGCACCUGAAAUAUUAAAGGGAGAGGGUUUAUAAAAUCCUGCUAUUGAUUGGUGGAGUGUAGGUGUUAUGCUUUUCGAGCUACUCAUAGGAAUUCCUCCUUUUAAUGAUGACACAGUUGAAAAAAUAUUCGAUAACAUUAAAAAUUAUAGAAUAGCAUGGGAUUAAAUUCCUGUGGGUGACGGAGAAGAUGAAGUUAGUUAAAAAUCUGUCAAUUUAAUUAAAAAGUUGAUGCACCCAGAUCCUAAGCAAAGACUAGGUUCUCAGGGAAUAAUUUAAAUAUAGUCAGAUCCUUUCUUUACAGGCAUAGAUUGGAAUAACUUGAAAAAAACGCCAGCUCCAAUUAUCCCAGAAGUAAAAAACAUCUUGGAUACAAGCAAUUUCGAUAAAGAUAAGGUCUAUUAAGAAGGAGAGCAGAUAGAUCCAUUCUUCGGUCUACCAAAAGGAGUAGAAACUGUAAAAGAAGCUAAAAAAUUACUUGAUCAAACAGGGUUUUCUGUAAAAAGAUACGAUGUUUUAUUUGAAGAGAACUAAAAGCAUAUUGAGAAAGAGGAAAUUCAUAUAUAAAAAAUGGUAAAAGAGCUAGAAGAAUAAGAAAAGGAAAUUGAAAAGCUAGAAAAUGAGUGUGGGGCUGAUGAUAGUAGUGAUGAGACAAAUUUUCAAGAAAUUGAUAGUAUCAUAUCAAGAAGCAAAGCCCCUUCUAAUUCUUCAUGCAUAACUAAGUCUUCUACAGGUGGUAAUAAAAAAAAUAGUACUGACUUUAGUCCUUUUUUGGAGAGCACAAUAUCCAAACUAAAGCCUUUUGAUCCUUUAAAUUGAUCAACCAGCUGAAUAAACAAACUUGCAUUUAAAAAAAUUUGAAAAUAAAAUUAACUUUAAGAAAAUGUAGAAAAUAAUUUAAAUUCGAUGAAUUUAGUGAGUGAGUUAAAUCUGGAAAGCAGGGUUGUAUUUAAAAAGCAAGCCCUUAUUUUAAUAAAACUAACAAAUUUAAUAUAAAAUGAUUUCUUUUUAAAAUAAAACACAGAAUAUAAAUUUAAAUAAUUUCUAAAAUUACUUUUAAACAAAAAAAUAACUUAAAAAACUCUUAAUAAUAUAAAUAAAUAAAUAUUCACCCAAUAAUAAUUUAAAAUAUAUAAUUUGUAUAUUUAAUAAUUUCGUC